CACACACACAGAGCUUGUAAUCAGAACACCUAUGGAUGAGACUGUCUCUGUUUUGGUCUUCUUCUUUCUCCUCCUCUUCGUGGUUGAAGCCAGGAGGACGAGCCGGAAAGCUUGCGAACAGUUCACCUGCGGAGAACUGGACUUCAAGUUCCCUUUCUUUAGGACAGACAUGCCGUCUCGAUGCGGUCUCUUCAAGCUGAACUGCAGUGAAAAUAUAUCAGAGAUACAGCUUGUAGAAGACGGGAAAUGGUAUAAAAUCAAGAGCGUCUCUCAAGCGGAAACGAUAACCAUCACCGACACGGAGCUUAACCAAAGCUUGAUAACCGGGAACUGCAGAGACUUGUCAAGCUUCUUUCUCCCAGAUUCUCCAUGGCUCAGCUUGACCACUUUGUACAAAUGCAACAACACUAGUAUGAAGAAUGGUUUCAGUUAUGCGAAUUGCGGAGGACAAGGAAGCAGCUUGUACUACUCUAAUUUGAGGAAUGGUCAUGAUGUUCCAGGGUGUUCAGCUAUCAAUACUCCAGAGAGCUGGGUGAUUCCAGGAAAAGGGAACCAGUAUGAUGUAAACGCUACCUUCUCUCUUCAUAUAGACCUGCCUCAUAGCUGCUUUGACUGCUACAAUCGAGGUGGAGAAUGUAAGAUCAUCGAAGACAAGUAUCAAUGCCUUGGAGUAACCCAAGAACAAAAAUCCCACGAGGGGAUCAAGCUCGGACUAGGGGUUGGUAUAACUUCAAGCGUGUUGAUCUGUGGAGGAAUAUUUCUAUACGUGAAGAUGAAAAACACCAAUCGCAGAAAAAGGUUCUUUGAACGCAACGGAGGUCUUUUGUUGCAACAACAAUUGGCUUCAAAAGAAGGCUACGUGGAGAAAACAAUAGUGUUCAGGUCCACAGAAUUGGAAAAGGCUACAGAAACGUUCAGUUUAAGCAGGGUGCUUGGCCAUGGUGGCCAAGGAACAGUGUACAAAGGGAUUCUUGCUGAUGGUAGAAUCGUGGCUGUGAAAAAAUCCAAGGCUGUGGACGAAGAUAAACUGGAUGAGUUCAUAAACGAGAUUGUCAUACUCUCUCAGAUCAACCAUCGCAACAUCGUACGUAUACUAGGAUGCUGUCUUGAAACAGAGGUACCCCUUUUGGUUUACGAGUUCAUUCCCAACGGAAAUCUUUUCGAACUUCUUCAUAAAGAGUGUGAUGAUGAUCACACAUUGACUACUUGGGAAGCACGUCUGCGCAUUGCCAUAGAUGUCGCAGGAGCUCUCUCAUACCUUCACUAUGCUGCAGCAUCUCCGAUUUAUCACAGAGACAUCAAAUCAACAAACAUUAUGUUGGACGAGAAUUUUCGAGCUAAAGUGUCAGAUUUUGGAACUUCAAGAUCGAUAACCAUUGAUCAAAGCCACCUAACAACAAUGGUUUCAGGUACUGUCGGAUAUGUAGAUCCUGAGUACUUCCAAUCCAGCCAGUUCACGGAGAAAAGCGACGUGUACAGUUUUGGAGUUGUGCUUGUAGAGCUCAUCACCGGAGAAAAGCCCGUUUCUUUCCAACGGUCCGAAGAAAAUAGAUUAUUGGUAACCUACUUCAAUCUUUCCAUGAAAGAUGAUAGAAUUUCCGACAUCAUCGAUUCUCGAAUCAGAGAUAACUGCAAGCUAGAACAAGUCAUGAUGAUGGCAAAACUUGCAAAGAUGUGCCUGAAUCGAAAAGGGAAGAAACGACCAAAUAUGAGAGAAGUUUGGAUGCAAUUGGAGAGGAUUUGUUUGUCACGUGUAGAUUUAAAUGAGGAUGUUCCUACCAUAGGAAAUGAUGAGGAGGGAGAAGCUGCACAAGGUAAUACUUGCAUAGAAUCGGUAAACAUUGAUGUUACCAAUUUAACUACUUCAACAUCUCGAUAUAACACUAAUGCUGCUUUAUGGUCUGAUGCUGAAGUGUUGUUUCCUCGUCAAACAUGGUGA